AGCUGCGAGGGAGAUCGAGACCCCCGCGGAGGAAUUUAGAUGAAAGUGUUUUGUGUGAUGUGACAAACAGCUGGAGACAGAAAACCAUUUGUCUGACCUGUGACACCGAGAGAGGAAACACCUGCUCCUGCUGCGGAGAGGAAAGGAAGAAUGUGAAACUGGAACUGCUGAGACUCUGAAGCUCCGCCUCUUUCUCUGCAGACAGCUAUGCCCGACACUGGAACCCGUACCGCAGGAAAACUCCGUGGUCAGCGUUCGUAGGUGGGACCGCCCGCUGUGGUUGACCCUGCCCUGGGUGACGGGGGAUUCCAUGGUCUGGCUCGCCCCACCCUCUGCACCGCCGGCGCCUGCCUGUUGAUUCUGCGAUCACAUCCCUGCUACCUUUUCCCUGCAGCUCGACUUACCGGAAAAUGGCGAGGGGUUCGAAGCCCCCGAGUGUCACGGGACACUGCGUCCUCUUUCUGCUGAUGCUUAAGAUCUCCUGGCUGCUAGGCUCAGCCGGCCAGAAGCCGGCCGUGUCGGCAGACUCCCAGCUGCCCCUGCAGGAGUACGGCCACUCCAUCCGGCUGGAUGGCGACAUCAUCCUGGGCGGCUUGUUCCCCGUGCACUCUCGCGGCGAGAGGGGCAUCCCCUGCGGCGAGCUGAAGAAGGAGAAGGGCAUCCACCGGCUGGAGGCCAUGCUGUUCGCCAUAGACCUCAUCAACAAGGACCCGGAGCUGCUGCCCAACGUGACGCUCGGAGCGCGCAUCCUGGACACGUGUUCACGAGACACCUACGCCCUGGAGCAGUCGCUCACCUUCGUCCAGGCGCUCAUCGAGAGGGACGGCUCCGACGUCCGCUGCGCCAACGGAGAACCGCCUAUCUUCGCCAAGCCGGAUAAAGUGGUGGGCGUCAUCGGCGCGUCGGCCAGCUCCGUGUCGAUCAUGGUGGCCAACAUCCUGCGACUGUUCAAGAUCCCUCAGAUCAGCUACGCCUCGACGGCUCCGGAGCUCAGCGACAACACCCGCUACGACUUCUUCUCGCGCGUCGUUCCUCCGGACUCCUACCAGGCCCAGGCCAUGCUGGACAUCGUCACGGCGAUGAGCUGGAACUACGUGUCCACGCUCGCCUCCGAGGGGAACUACGGCGAGAGCGGCGUCGAGGCCUUCGUCCAGAUCUCCAGAGAGUCAGGCGGGGUUUGCAUCGCUCAGUCUCUGAAGAUUCCCCGGGAGCCGAGACAAGGUGAAUUCGACAAGAUCGUCCUGCGUCUGCUGGAGACGCCCAACGCUCGCGCCGUCAUCAUGUUCGCAAACGAGGACGACAUCCGGCGAGUCCUGGAUGCGGCGAAACGCAACAACCUGACGGGUCACUUCCUGUGGGUGGGCUCUGACAGCUGGGGCUCCAAGAUCUCUCCGGUGGUCCAGCAGGAGCGCGUGGCCGAGGGCGCCAUCACCAUCCUGCCCAAGAGGGCGUCGGUGGACGCGUUCGACCGGUACUUCAAGAGCCGCUCGCUGUCCAACAACCGCAGGAAUGUCUGGUUCGCUGAGUUCUGGGAGGAGAACUUUGUCUGCAAGCUGGGGAUGCACGGCAAGAGACCCGGCAGCCCCAAGAAAUGCACAGGGUUGGAGAAAGUCGGCCGUGACUCCACCUACGAGCAGGAGGGGAAGGUGCAAUUUGUGAUGGACGCCGUGUACGCCAUGGCCCAUGCUCUGCACCACAUGCACCGCGAGCUCUGCACCGGAUACCCCGGCCUCUGCCCACGCAUGGCCAACAUCGACGGCAAGGAGCUGCUGGCCCACAUCCGUGCUGUCGGCUUCAACGGAAGUGCAGGGACUCCGGUCACCUUCAACGAGAACGGCGACGCUCCCGGACGCUACGACAUCUUCCAGUAUCAGAUCAACAACAUGUCGACGGCAGAGUAUAAGGUCAUCGGACACUGGACCAAUCAGCUGCAUCUGAACAUGGAGGCCCUGCAGUGGACCACCGGCGACUCCUCCCUGCCGGCCUCAGUGUGCAGCCUGCCCUGCCGGACCGGCGAGAGGAAGAAAGUGGUGAAAGGCGUCCCGUGCUGCUGGCACUGCGAGCGCUGCGAGGGAUACCACUUCCAGGCCAGCGAGUUCACCUGCGAGCUCUGCCCAUACGAGAAGAGGCCCGACCAGAACCACACAGGCUGCCAGCCAAUCCCCAUCAUCAAGCUGGAGUGGCACUCGCCCUGGGCGCUGUUGCCCGUCUUCAUCUCCAUCCUGGGCAUCAUCGCCACCACCUUUGUCAUUGUCACCUUCGUCCGCUACAACGACACCCCCAUCGUUCGCGCCUCUGGCCGGGAGAUGAGCUACGUACUGCUGACGGGCAUCUUCCUAUGUUACAUCAUCACCUUCCCCAUGAUCGCUGCCCCCGACGUGGUCGUCUGCUCCUUCCGCCGCAUCUUCCUGGGCCUCGGCAUGUGCUUCAGCAACGCUGCGCUGCUCACCAAGACCAAUCGCAUCCACCGCAUCUUCGAGCAGGGCAAGAAGGCGGUGACAGCACCACGAUUCAUCUCACCAGCGUCCCAGCUGGCCAUCACCUUCUCGCUCAUCUCCGUUCAGCUGCUGGGUGUCCUCGUGUGGUUCGCCGCCGACCCGCCGCACACCUUUGUGGACUACGGGGAGCAGCGCACGCAGGAUCCCGGGAACGCUCGUGGCGUCCUCAAGUGUGACAUCUCCGACCUGUCGCUCAUCUGCUCGCUGGGAUACAGCAUCCUCUUGAUGGUCACAUGCACUGUUUACGCCAUAAAGACGCGUGGCGUGCCAGAGACCUUCAACGAGGCCAAACCCAUUGGAUUUACUAUGUACACCACAUGCAUCAUCUGGCUUGCCUUCAUCCCCAUCUUCUUUGGCACGGCACAAUCGGCAGAGCGGAUGUACAUCCAGACGGCCACGCUGACUGUCUCCCUCAGCCUCAGCGCCUCCGUCUCUCUGGGCAUGCUCUACAUGCCCAAGGUCUACAUCAUCAUCUUCCACCCCGAGCAGAACGUCCCCAAACGCAAGCGUAGCUUCAAGGCCAUCGUCACCGUGGCAACCAUGACCAGCAAGCUGUCGCAGCUGGCGGCCGAGCGUCCCAACGGCGAGGUGAAGACGGAGCUGUGCGAGGGUGUGGAGGCCAGCGUGCCGCCAACGAAAACCACCUACGUCAGCUACACCAACCACGCCAUGUGAAGAAAAGGACGGCUUUGACAUGAGGACGUCCCGGGACAUUUUAAAAGAAGCAGAUUUCUGCCAGAAGUCAUCGCGAGGUGCUCUGAGCAAUCCGAAGGACCCGGAGGAGUGAGAAAAUGAACCAACACAUCUGUGGCAUUUUUAUGUUUACAGACAGCAGGGGAACAGGCCUGAACGGCGCCAGAGACUUGAAAGGAUCACAACAGAUAAACCAUCAGAGAGGCCGCGAAGGAAGCAGGAGGAUGGUAACCUGAAAGUAAAAAAAAAAUAAUUAACAAAAAAUACAAGUGUUUUAGAAAUAAUUGUGGGGACCAAUCAUAUUUGUUGUUAUUCUAAUUGUGCGUUUUAAAAAAGAAAAACAAAAAAACUUGUGGUUGUAACAAUUUCUUGUCGUCCGACCGUCAACCUGCAUUACGAGACGAGUCCGUUGCUGUUUUUCGGCUAAACUGAUUUUGGUUGUGAAGUGUCUAAAUGCCAUGGUUGACUUGAAGCAUGCCCGUUUUUUAUACAAAUGAUCUAUUUAUAAUAAAGGAAUGUUUCACA